AUGAAAGACAAACCCGGCUUGGUCGGGGAGUAUUUGGUUUAUGUCUCUACUCGCGAAGACUCAGGCGUGCCCAGGACCAGGGCCGUUCUUGAGAAAUCAGGGCCUUUUACCGGAUUGGGGGCUCGCCGGAUUGGGGCCUUGUGCCCGCGCACCAGCCGCACUGCCCCAUGGCCGGCCCUGCCCAGGACGAGUUCAGCUGCGGUGUACUCCACUGAACUGAGCUCGGGUUAGACUCGGAGGCUGACUCCUCGCGGCGUUGCGGACUUCAGCCCGGCGGUGUCACCUUCCGGAGUUUGGACGGCGGCGGCGUCCUACGGACCAAAAGGCUGGGACGGCAAGGUCGAGGAGCUCAGUACCAACAUCUACGUGUUCUCGACUCAGGACGGGUCUGGCCGAGUCAAGGUGGUCGAGCUUGGCGGCUGGCCGAGCUGGGUUGACGAGUCAACGAUUUACUUUCACAGAGGAGGCGAGGAUCAGUGGUGGAGUAUUUAUCGCGCGAUUUUUCGAGAGGGGCCGAUUUCCACGGCGUCAGUCAUGGUGGAGCGAAUCACGCCGCCGGGUCUACACGCUUUCACUCCCGCCACGUCACCGGGGAACCACGAAUUCAUCGCCGUGGACAGAAGACCCAACACAAUCUUCCGCCACGUGGAGCUGUUCGAUUUGGUGUGGGGCGAGUUCAAGGAGGUGACUCGGCUGGUCUCGCCGAGUACCCACCACUUUAACCCGUUUAUAUCUCCGGAUUCCACUCGGGUCGGGUACCACAAGUGCAGAGGCAACUCCAACGGUAAGAAAAGCCCGAAGCUUUUUCUUCAAAACAUCCACAGCUCGAUUCCGAACCUCUCGGUGCUCAGAGUUGACUGUACCUUCCCGUCUUUCUCACCCUCAGGUCAUCGUAUUGCCUUCACGAACUUACCGGGAGUCUACGUCGUCAACCGCGACGGUUCGAACCGGCAAGAAGUCUACCCUGGAAAUGCUUUCGCGACCUCGUGGGACCCAGUUCAACAUGGCCUAUACACCGGCGCCGGACCUUAGUUCGCGCUGGAAAGUACUGAAGUUGAUAUCAUCUCCAUCAACGUUGACACACUCGUCGUCAAGAGGUUGAGCACAAACGGGAAGAACAACGCCUUUCCUUCACCUUCGCCGGACGGGAAACUCAUCGUGUUCCGGUCGGGUAGGUCUGGUCAUAAGAAUCUGUACAUAAUGGACGCCGAGGAAGGUGAGAGAAUUGGGCUGCCGAGACUGACGGAGGGUCCAUGGACGGACACGAUGUGUAACUGGACACCGGGCGACUGGAUCGCGUUCGCUUCCGACCGGGAGAGCCCCGGGAGUGGGAGCUUCGAGUUUUACGUGAUCCCUAACGGAACAGGAUUGAGAAAAGUGAUCAAAAGCGGUCGGUGGUUCAGCCCGGAUGGGAAGAGCUUGGUUUUCACUUCGGAUUACGGGGCCAUAUCAGCUGAGCCUAUUUCAAACCCGCAUCAUUACCGGCCCUACGGCGAGAUUUUUACGGUGAAACUGGACAGCUCCGAUGUGACGAGGUUGACGCAGAAUUCGUUCGAGGAUGGAACGCCGGUGUGGGUCAACAGCUUCAUCAGGCCGUCGGAUGUGGAGUGGCCAAUUGAUAGGGCUAGCUGCAGCUUUGGUGAUUUGCAUUGCCUCAGUAAUUUUUUUAGCUAUGGUGACGUUCUGCCUUGGCUCUCAAGUAAGCCUCAACGUGGUGCCUAGAACUUUACUUGUACUGCUUAAAUACUCUAAUACUGUAUUUGAUGUAUUAUAUUUGAUGUACAAAUUAACAAAUAUAUGUCAUGGGAUAAUGUAUCAGUAUUACUAUGCUUAAUUAAUAUC